AUGUCUGAGUCUCAACCGCGGCGAAAUAUCGACAUAAUUGAUAUCCGCGACGAGAACAUCACCGAAUCAGAAGCCCGCAAACGCCUCUCCUCUCUUAUUGUCGUCCGUAUGGAGAGAUUGGCUGAUCCAUACGACCUCGACGAUGAAGGCAACCCCAUGCGUCCAACUUGGGACAAGGCAACACACACGGUACGAAGAGACAUCUCCCAGGAAGAUGCGAGACGCAAAGUCCGUGAGCUGAAUAAGGAAACCGUCCCGGUGGCAGACAAGAAGAAUGAACUUUCGUCGGCAAUCCAGCGGCAGCUGGAGCAUGCGUGGAAUAAACUGGAUAAUAUGGAAUCGGACCCUCGCUUCAUGUACACGCUCGCUCAGUUGGAUUGGAAGUAUAAGAGAGUCGAAACUAGAGGUCAUGAUAGGAAGCAUGACAGAAGAAGCAAGGAUAAGAAGAAGAGCAAAGAGAAGCACAAGUCCAAAAGGUCACCGUCAAGAUCAAAGCCCAAGAAAGAGCGAGUAUCGGUGACGGCAUACUUCAAGAGGGAACCGGGACGAAAUGAACAUUGCUUGAAGAUGUUGAGGGCCCAGAGACAAGAACAUGGAAGCAGAAGUCUGCCUCUCAAGGGGCAUCUGCCCAUGGUGAUCCCAGGUCAGCCACCUCGCCCACAGCCUGUUCAGAAUAACACUGCCCGUUCUCUACCACACUUUCAGACUCACCAGCCUGCAUUUGAUCCUCAGGUUCAAUGUCGUUUCCCAUUGAGUCAGCCUUCAAAUGCCUUGGCCGCUCGUCCUAAUGGAUCUGCCCCUCCACCUCCUUUUCCUCCUCCUCCGCCUCCUCCAUCUCAGCCAGCAUUGUCAUCAUUGCCAGCCCGGAUUUCCCCUUCCGCUCUCCCAUCAAUUUCUUCGCGAAGCAACCUCUCCCAAGCAAUCGAAGCCCAGAACCGCAGGAUCCAAUCAAACGCACCUAGAAUGGAGCGCCAGGCUACAUCAGGGUCGCACAACUCCAGAAGCUCCGUCACCUCCUUCAGCUCUCUCUCCAGCGAAGACUCUGAUGAUGACAUCUUAACACCAAGCUCGUCUGUUGGCCACAGUCCUCCUCAACAUGAAGGGCAAAGAGGCCGAAGCAGGUACCGCCAGCAUCAGAAUGGAGGCGAGUCCGUUGCGCUGGAAGUAGCCCGCCGUCAAAGGCCAGCUGACAGGUUCGUUGGCAUUCCUCCUCCAGCGCCUGAUCCUAUCAAAGCAGUGCCAGACGCAGAGAUUCCGAGGCGCGUUGAACAGAGAGCGUACCGCGAAGGCGUCAUGGAUGCACCUGGAAUGGCAAGAUCCAUGCCUACGGGGAACAUAAACUCAUCACGCCAGCCUCGAAUCGUACAGCCUCCAGAAAGCCAGAGAUCUCUUCCCCAUCACUCAGCACGACACUCUCUGAGCAGUCAAGACAUGGAUCGAUUGGGAGAGAGAUUCAGCCGGACAUCAUUAGCAGAUGAGCCGCGAAGUCGCCCGGAGCCACCAAGGCGAUACCGCGAUGAUUCCGAUGACGAGAUUAUGGUACCUGGAUCGAGUCGCGGUCCGUGGAGAAGGCAAGAUGCUCAGAGAUAUAUGGCAGACAGGAAGCGUACAAAUCAAGAUGCGUGGGAUUUGGGUAGUAGCGGUCCGUUGCGAUAUGGGGAGAGCCAAACGAGAGGUACGAAUUAUGGAGGAUAUGAGAGGUGA